AUGAACAAGAAUAAUGACUAUCAUAACUCUCAUAGAUUAGUUAAUUUAUCACACUUGCUCUUAUCAAAGAUUAUUAAUUAUUUAGAUGACAAUGUAGAUAGAAUCUGUUUCACUUUGGUGUGCAAAAGAUGGUUCAAUGAAAAACAUGGUUACAUAUCUUUUAGAAAUGAUCAUAUUCAUAGAAUAAUCAGUGAUAAAGAUAAGAAUAAAAUAUUUUUAAACUCAUUUAAAUCAAUUUACAUCGAUUCAAUCAACAGAAAGAAUGAUCUCGAACUUGUAGUUGGUAAUGAUCAAUCACCUCAUAAUUAUCAUAUGACCUCAGAAAAACUUUUAGAAAUGAACGAGAUUCCUUCAAAUGUUUGUUCAAUUUCAUUUUCAUUUCGCUCUGAUUAUCCCUAUUUGGAAGAACUAUAUCGAUUGAUAUCUCAAUCCAAUGUUACUAUUCUAUCAGGGUGUCAAACAUUAAGAUAUAGAUUCCCAGAGAAUCUUAUAUCUCUGUCACUCAAAGGCGAGUUUGAUGAACUAUUACCAGGAUAUCUUCCACCACAUUUGAAAUGUCUGAACCUUCAGAAAACAAUAAUCAACAAACCAAUCAAAGUGGGUGUACUUCCAAACACAUUGGAGAAACUUUCUUUUCCUCAUUCAUAUCAACAUCCACUUGAACCAGGUGUAUUGCCAUUAUCUUUAAAAUCACUGGAAUAUUUUGGCAAUCGAAUUCUAGAAGUUGGAUCAUUACCACCAAAUCUCGAAGAAUUCGAAUACUAUGGUAGCAAUGAUCAUCAAAUCCUUGAUGGUACUUUACCAUUGACACUUCGCAAAUUGACAGGAUCGUUAUCAUGGAUUCCACAAAUCAAGUUGCUUUCCAAUCUUCAAUCUUUAAAAUUUUGUAGUGGAAUGUUUGACAAUCAAAUACUUUAUUUACAUUAUCUUCCAUCUUCUCUCACCGAUUUGGUGGUAACAUUAGGAGUAUUAAGAUCAACGAUGCCACCAACAAUCAAACGACUCGACAUUGUCAAUGCAUUGUAUGAUAUCGAUGAGAUAUUCAAGGAUCGAUCACAAUAUCAAUUCGAUUAUCUGCGAAUCAAUGCAUACAAAAGAUAUGAAUUACUCGAUCAUUUGAAAAUCAAAGAAUUGGAACUUGAUGUGAGAUAUGGACUGUCGAAUGGAACAGAUUCAUACAGAGAAGUUCCCAAUGGUAUUGAAACACUUCGAUUUGGAUGUGGAGCAAUUAAAAUCAUCCAUGAAGUUCCGGCAUCAGUUCAAACAUUACAUUUGGAUUCAAUUGAAUGUCUACCAAUCGAUCACAGUGUUAUCCUGCCAAAUACAAUACAAGAGUUGGCUAUUUACGAAGAUGAAAUCGAUGAAUACAAUGAAGAUGGUGAAGAGAUAGAUGUUGUUCUGGAAAAGCAAUUAAACAGUGAUAUUCUUCCUUCAUCACUUCAAAAGUUGACUUUAUAUGCACUGAGACUUCCCCAACCUCGAAUACCCAACAAUGUUGUAUUCGAUCUACAAUCGGGAGGUUAUGGCGGUACUGCUUGGCUACGAAGACUUGACGAACAUCACUAUCUCUUCUUCAGUGAAGAACCAAACUUUGUAUCAGCGAUCGUUCAUGAAUCUCAGAUUCCUAAACUCUUUGCUUUUUACGAAUCAAAUCUCUUGGAUUACACUCCUCGUUGGAGUUAA